GUACAGCAAAAGUGGACAGAUAGAGGAGGCGUUUGAUACUGGUGUAGUGACUGGUGGCGUGUUGCGCUCUUGCUGUUGAAGUGGUAAAUUGAUCUGUUAAGUGUUGGUUUGAUACAAGGUUUUAACAGUGUUGUUUCAUGUACUUUUGUUUUUAUUAUUUACUAUGAAGUUCUUAAUGAGCUUUCGAAAGAUGGGAGAUAGUUGGUUGUCUCUUGUGCACUAAUUAUGCUGGAGAGGGUCGUUGGGAGAAUGUUCCGCGCUGCUACAAGUAGAACCGAAAAUUGCUCGAAUCCAGUGAACAUGAAUGCUUCCACAAGUCACGACUCAACUAAUGGACAGCCUACUCAGGCCAGACUACAAGGAGAUGUUCAGAUCAACAACACAGACCACGUCCUGUUGAAGAUCGCUACCCUUUACGCUGAGCGAUUGAUGAGCGAUGUAACUCUUGUUGUGGGCGGGGUGGAGUAUCCAGCCCACAGACUUAUCCUGUGUGCUUCAAGCGAGGUUUUUCAGGUGAUGUUAAUGAGUCCGAGAUGGAGUGAAUCACACGAAAGUCGUGUGGUGCUACAAGAGUCGGGACCGUGUUCUGACAUCUUUGGCGAGUUCCUAAGCUACUUCUACACGGGCCGGAUUCGGAUCAAUCAACAUACCAUCAUGCCCGUACUUCUUCUGGCCGACAAGUACAAUGUGAAGGACCUGACAGAACUGUGUGGCCAGUACAUGUGUGAUCACAUCGCACACGCUGCUACUAACAACCAGCUGAUCACAUGGUUCCAGUAUGCACUGUCUCUCAGCCACUAUCAGGUGGCACAGGCAUGUGAAAACUUUUUGAAAUGGAACUUUGAACUAGUGGCCAGAGCAAGUGACUUUGUCAACCUUCAACAAGACGUUUUCGUCAGAAUUCUACAGCAGAGUGAUCUGGUUGUCCACAAUGAGAUGACCGUUUACAAUAUCGUGGUGCAGUGGCUGGAGGCACAAACAUUGUUUGAAGACGACCCGGACGUUGAAGAAGAAAUGUUUCAGAUGAUAAAGCAGGUCAUGGAACCUAUCAGGUUCCCGAUGAUGUCUCCCCGACAGCUCGCAGAACUCUUGCUGUCUCCACUUACAAAAGCCUACAAAGAGUUCUUUAUUGAGCGUAUGGCCAUCGGAAUGUCCUACCAUUCCAACCAGAUUGAGAGGAUCUUGCAGGUGUGUCAGAUGGAGGAUGGUCGCCUGAUGUUCACACCUCGACUGUAUACAGCAGACAGAUGGUGCUCCUUGCUCUCAGUCGAGAAUUUUUCCCAGCUACAGGCAUAUAACACUCGCACCCUUGUAUUCUCGAGUCAAGCCGUUGUUGCAGAGUAUGCUGGCGAGAAGUCAUGUGACUGGGUCAUUGACUUGUACCCGAAAGGAGUUUGGUUCAGGAAGUUUUUCCUGAUUGUAUGGCAAGGCACCAUGGAAGUACCGGAAUGUGUCCUUCGUACUGUGCGGGUAUCCGUAACCUGUCGGGAGUUCCCCUCUGGAGGAGAGGACUUCAGAGCCAGGAUCGGAUUACUCAUCACGGGCGUGCAAGACGGCGUUGAACAUACCAUGGCGGUAUACCAGAGGUGCCACCGUUUCAGUCAGGAGGACAAGGUCCUGCACCUGGACGACAUUGUGGAGUACGACGACUUAAAUGAAUCAUUCAAUAACCCCAAACAAUCCCCGUUCCUUGUCGGGGAAAACAGGGAUGUUUUUAAACUAAACAUCGUAAUCACACCAUUGACUGAGUACUGUUACCCGGACGAGAAUGUUCCGAUAGAAAUGUUGGUCAGAUAAGUGGACAUCUUCAUUGUAACUUUGCUGCUGUAAAUAUGUUGUAAAUGGUUUGAAAGUUACCAAAGAUCUUUUUAUUAGUUUGAAUUAUGAAAUGUGGAUUAUCUCUUGACAUUGUCAUCAGUCGUUUACGAUGAUAAUUUGGAGUUUGCUGAGAAAGAACAUUUGUCCGAGACAAGCUUUAAUAGAGUUCUGUUUAUAAUAAGUCACAUUGAUGUGCCACAAUGUUCCAUCUGUCGGUUAGCAACAUUUUAUUUUACAGUUUAUUUGUUAGUACUGGCAACCAAAGCAGCUAAUUUUGACUGCAGUUGUCUAAUUGAUUGGCUUGUUAUAAUUACAGUUAUUGGUUGCCUUGCUGAAUUUUCUUGCUUUUUAACUUUUAUGAUUGGGGAUGAGUUGUUAAAAAAUUAUGCCCCCUUUUAAAAAUCUGAAUAAUGUGUUUUAUUUUUUAAUGUUACUGUGCACAUUUUAUUUAUACUUACACAACGGUUCUUGUAAUGUAUAUGUGUAUGUUACCGAUAAAACAUAAUCAGCCGUGCUGUAUAUUGCAUUAAUUUUUCUUUUUUCUUCCAACCUUGUUUUUGUCAGUAAUGUUUUUCAUGGUAUUUUUAACAGAGAGGUUGACUUUAAAAGUCAAUGAGUCAGUAUUUGUUUGUUUUUUAUAUUGUAUGAAAAUAUCACAAAAUGUGAGUAUGUUAAGUUAAAUGUUAAACAGAUUGUUAAGCUUAAAACUAUUAUAUUUUACAUAAGAGAAUUGUAACACAUACCUAGCUGUUACUAUCACUGGUUCAGCUCUUUUGCUGAAUUAUAACACAAAAGACUGAAACUUUUGUACGAGAAAAAAUAUGUGUUAUAGAAAAAGUAUAAUAAAUAUAACUUUGUUAAAA